GCCCCAGCGAGAAUCCAACCUCAUUUUCGUCAGUCAUCCAUUUCAUUCAUUGAAGAACAAUACAGACCAUGGCAAUGGCAUCAUCAGGGGCACUUUCGUCUCUCCUUGUUGUUCUGUUGUUCCUCUGUUCCUCAUCAUCUGCAGCAACGAACCCGAUGAACUCCCCCAGGCUGACUGCAGAGAGGCUCAUAAGAUCCCUCAAUCUGUCCCCAAGCCAGGCUGUGAACAUUAUUGAUCACAGGGACCCACUGGGCCCAUCUUCUGCACCGUCAGGUCCCAGUCUUGCGGAGAGGACCUUCACUUUCCCAGGCCUGAGGGUGCAGGAUUCUCCUCUGGAUUCAGGGGGGGGCACUCUUCGGAAUCUUAGUCAUCAUGCUGGGUAUUUCAGCCUCCGCAAUACCCAUUCUGCUAGGAUGUUCUACUUCUUCUUCGAGUCCCGAGUUAGCAAAGACGAUCCCGUUGUGAUUUGGCUGACUGGGGGCCCCGGUUGCAGCGGUGCGUUGGCGCUGUUUUAUGAGAAUGGCCCGUUUCACAUUUCGUCGGACUUGUCUCUUACAUGGAAUGACUAUGGUUGGGACAAGGUAUCGAACAUCAUUUUCGUGGACCAGCCCACUGGAACUGGAUUCAGUUACUCCUCUGACUCGUCCGACUUGCGGCAAGAUGAGACCGGCGUGAGCAAUGACUUGUAUGACUUCUUGCAGGCAUUUUUUACCAAGCAUCCCGAUUUGGUAAAGAACGACUUCUUUAUUACCGGAGAAUCCUACGCCGGGCACUACAUCCCCGCUUUGGCCUCACGGAUUAACAAAGGGAACAGCGCAAAAGAGGGGAUUCAUAUAAACUUGAAGGGGAUUGCUAUUGGAAAUGGCCUUACGAAUCCUGAGAUCCAGUACGAAGCAUACACAGACUAUGCUCUGAACAUGAGUCUGAUCGAUCAGUCUGCUUAUGAAGAUAUAAACAGUCAAGUUCCAUCUUGCAAGCAGAAGAUAAAAGAUUGCCAAACCGAUGAAAAUGCUUGUGAGACCUCAUACUAUGACUGCACCGGCAUUUUCAAUGCAAUCGUCCGCACCGCUGGAGGUGGAGAUCUAAAUUACUACGAUAUUCGGAAGAAGUGUGAGGGAAGCCUUUGCUAUGACUUCUCUGCCGUGGAGACGUUCCUGAAUGAGAAGUCGGUCAGAGAAGCACUCGGAGUAGGGGACAUAGAGUUUGUGUCAUGCAGCACUGAGGUCUAUGACUCGAUGACAUCAGACUGGAUGAAGAAUCUGGCGGUCGGUAUCCCUGCUCUUCUCCAGGGUGGGACCAGGGUUCUUAUAUAUGCAGGGGAAUAUGACCUUAUCUGCAACUGGCUUGGGAACUCAAAGUGGGUUGACGCGAUGCAGUGGUCGGGUCAGAAGAGCUUUGCAACUGCCUCUACUGUUCCUUUUCUGGUCGAUCGUGCUGAAGCAGGGCUUCUUAAGAGCUCUGGUCCACUUUCUUUCCUGAAGGUUCAUAAUGCGGGUCACAUGGUUCCGAUGGACCAGCCGAAGGCUUCUCUCCAGAUGCUGCAAAGUUGGAUGAAAGGAAAGGUUGCCAUAUGAUGGUACCGUCACAGCACAUCAGAUUGUGGUCCUACGCUUCCCCCCAGCAUGAAUCCAUCCAAAUUCUUCAGCAAGAUUGGAAAUUCCGGAGGAAAAUACUUAGGAAAAGAAAAAAAGGAAAGACUAUAAUAUUUGAUUCUGUUCAUUUGACAUAUGCAUAUCAGAAAUAUUGAUGGAAAUUUGGCCUCUGUGAAGUAUCAUCAUUUCUGCAUUUUCUGCUACUGAACCCUUAAAAGAAGAAUUACAAUAAA